AUGCCUGUGUUCAGCGGCCUGUUGAAGGUGCGGGUGUGCGAGGCCGUGGACCUGAAGCCCACCCCGUGGGCCCUGCGUCACGCCGUGGGGAAGAGCGGCUCCUUCCUGCUGGACCCCUACCUGGCCCUGAACCUGGACCAGACCCGCCUCGGCCAGACCGCCACCAGGACCAAGACCAACAGCCCCGCGUGGCACCAGGAGUUCUGCACCGAGGUCCGCGAGGGACGGAGCCUGGAGCUGUCGGUCUUCCACGACGCCCCCAUCGGCUACGACGACUUCGUGGCCAACUGCACCAUCCAGCUGGAGGACCUGCUGCAGAACGGGACCCGGCACUACGAAGACUGGAUUGACUUGGAGCCAGAGGGGAAGGUCUACGUGGUCAUUGAUCUGUCCGGAUCCUCCACUGAGGCUUCGGGAGCCAACGAGAAUGAGGAGCGAGUGUUUCGCGAGAGAAUCGGCCCCCGCCGGCGGCAGGGCGCCGUCCGGAGACGCGUCCAUCAGGUCAACGGGCACAAGUUUAUGGCCACCUACCUGAGACAGCCAACUUACUGCUCACAUUGCAGAGAUUUUAUCUGGGGAGUGCUGGGAAAGCAGGGAUACCAGUGUCAGGUGUGCACGUGUGUCGUCCACAAGCGCUGCCAUGAGCUCAUCAUCACAAAGUGUGCCGGCAUGAAGAAGCAGGAGGACACACCGGAGGAGGUGGGUUCACAGCGGUUUAGUGUUAACAUGCCCCACAAGUUCAGUAUCCACAACUACAAAGUUCCCACCUUCUGUGACCACUGUGGCUCGCUGCUGUGGGGCCUCAUGAGGCAGGGCCUGCAGUGCAAAGUUUGUAAGAUGAAUGUGCACCGGCGAUGUGAGACCAAUGUAGCUCCGAACUGUGGUGUCGACGCCCGAGGAAUUGCUAAGGUUCUGUCAGACCUGGGCGUGACACCUGAUAAGAUUUCCAACACCGCACAGCGAAGGAGGAAGUUGACUCCAGGGCUGGACCCUCCCCAGUCUCCUCCUGAGAUCUCUCAAGCUGAGGAGAACAGCUUCAGCCAGCCAGCUGUCCCCACCUCCCCCUCACAGCAGGACUUGGCAGAGUUAGAUCGCCUGCAGGAUGCACUGUCGCUCGACCAGCAGGGGCCCCAGCACUCCACCUCUUCCUCCUCCUCCACCAACUCCUCUUCGUCCUCCUCCUCAGUGGCCAGGGAGAAUGGACAAAGCCAGAGGAGGAACCUCAAGGACUUUAACUUUAUCAAAGUACUCGGCAAAGGCAGCUUCGGCAAGGUGAUGUUGGCAGAGCUGAAGGGGACAGAGGAGGUUUAUGCUGUUAAAGUUUUAAAGAAGGACGUGAUCCUCCAGGAUGACGACGUGGACUGCACUAUGACUGAGAAGCGCAUCCUGGCCCUCGCCCGCCGCCACCCCUACCUCACCCAGCUGUACUGCUGCUUCCAGACACGGGACCGUUUAUUCUUCGUAAUGGAAUAUGUGAAUGGAGGAGAUCUGAUGUUCCAGAUCCAGCGGUCCAGGAAGUUUGACGAGCCUCGCUCUCGUUUUUACGCUGCUGAAGUCACCUCAGCCCUCAUGUUCCUGCACCGCAAUGGAGUCAUAUACAGGGAUCUGAAGCUGGAUAACAUCCUCUUAGACGCAGAGGGCCACUGUAAGCUGGCAGACUUUGGUAUGUGCAAAGAAGGCAUCAUGAACGGGGUGACCACCACCACCUUCUGUGGCACGCCUGACUACAUCGCUCCAGAGAUCCUGCAGGAGCUGGAGUACGGAGCCUCGGUGGACUGGUGGGCGUUGGGGGUGCUGAUGUAUGAGAUGAUGGCCGGGCAGCCUCCAUUCGAAGCUGAUAACGAAGACGACUUGUUCGAGUCGAUUCUACACGAUGACGUCCUCUAUCCCGUUUGGCUCAGCAAAGAGGCCGUUUCCAUCCUCCGAGCGUUCAUGACAAAGAAUCCUGCCAAGCGUUUGGGCUGCGUAGUGAGCCAGGGAUGCGAAGAGGCCAUCAAGACCCAUGCCUUCUUCAGAGAGAUUGAUUGGGUGCUGUUGGAGCAAAGAAAAGUGAAGCCGCCAUUUAAACCACGGAUUAAAACCAAGCGAGACGUGAAUAACUUUGACCAAGACUUCACGAAGGAGGACCCAGUGCUGACCCCUACAGACGAGGCCAUCAUCCGACAGAUCAACCAGGAGGAGUUCAAGGACUUCUCCUACUGCGCCCCCGAGGAGACCAAGACCUAGCACCCACAUGAGAGUCAUACUACUACACUUUACAUGGCAUGCUCGUACGUACACAUGCUUACACUCUGUAGAACCGUAACUCCUUUACAAAACACGAACACACACACACAAACACAAACACAAUCACUCCUUUACUUUGAAGCUAUUGGUUGUUGUUACUUUUGGAAUAUUAUUUUCUUGCAUUGUGUUGUUAGUGUUGCCUGGGUUUAUUAUGAAUAUGACUAUGAGAAUAAAUAUGAAAAUGCACAGCUGCACACGCUCUCACACACUCACCUCACCUGCACACUUUGGUGCAGAUCUAAACACUACAACCUUUUACACGCUCUCAGACACACCCACAAGCUCAGACAACCAAACACUCACACUUACACUGCUUCACUCUCCAGCACCUGGACACGCUUGGACUGAAGGUGCUGGGUGCGGAGGCCUGUAUAUAGCCUGUGUUGAGUGGCUGUAUCGUGGUGGUAUUGUCUGCUAGUAAAGGACGUUGUGGCGCAUGGACAAGUACCCUAUCUGUGUUAUUUCUGUCCUUAUCGUGGACCAGUUAGGGCCAAAUUCCCUUUGUGCAAUACCAUGACUAUCUAUAUAUAUUUUAUGGGUUUUUUUCUUCAUGUGUUUUUUUUUUCUCUUCGAAAAGUAUUUUUUGGCUGGAUUGAAAUAUUGCUUUCACUGUCGCACAAUGUCUGUCCUCCUGUCCUGUGUAUAUAAAGUGAAUGUUACAGGCUAUUGAACUAAUUACGUGGAGCAGAGUGUUACAGGCGGCCUGUGUAGCAGUGUCCAGAUAUUUCAUCCAUCUGUUAAUUUCAGACUCCAUGCCUGUCCGACUGGUGUGAAUGUGUUGGCCUGUGGGCGUUUCCCUUUUCUUUCUUUUUUUUUUUUUCUUGAAAAAAAAAAUUGUGAAUGUACAUUUUUGCGUUUUUUCCCCUCCCCGUCUUGUUGUCUUCAGCAUUUCUGUUUCUAUAGCAACCAUCAGUGUUUUCAGCCUCCACCCUCCCUCCCUCCUUCCUUCCAAAGCACCAAUUCCCUUUUUCCACCUCCAGCAGCCAUCAAUCUUUAUCUCUGCCAAAAACCACUUGCUUUUCUCACUUUUGCUUUUUUCAGGAAUGGCUUGUCUUUCUUUUUGCUCAAUCAUUUUUUAUCAUUAUAAUUAUUAUUAUUGUUGUUAUUAUUAUUGUUGUACAGUGUAUCAUGAGGAAACCUUUAUGUAUAUUACUAUAACUAUACCAUUAUAGGUCUGUUACAGCCGGUUGAUAGGAAACGUGGAGAACCAGCAGCUGAAUUACCUCUCAUUUCAGACUCACACACACCGCUUACAACACACAGACUCCCUCACGCCCUCCCCCAUCUUCCUCACUGUCUCUCUUACAAACACAUGCACGCACCGAGAAGGACUUUUGUACAGUGACAUGAAGACGAGCUGAUUGCUGUCUGUGCAGUAGAGUCGGUGUGUAGUGAAGCUUUGUGCACCCAGGGGUAGGGCUGUUCCUGGUCACACUAUCUUACUCUGUGCCAAAAUGUAGUGCAGCCAGGCUAGUCCUGUCUGGUCUGAUUCCAAUAAACACUGAGCUGUCUACAUCAAUCCCAGAUAUAUCU